GUCGGUGCAUUUGUUUCAGCCAUGCAUUUCCCUGCUAACGCUAAUAACGCAUGUUGCCUUGAUACUCAUUUGACCCUUGAAAUAUCUAGUUGAUGACUUGCGUCUGAUAACAGGCUGAGGGAGAAAUUGUUUUUGUCCUUUGGGUGAUCCGUACUUCUGCGCACGCGCAUGUCAUUGGUUGCAUUUUGAGCGUGAGCAGGGAGAAUAGUUGUCGCACGCAGUAUUUUUGCGUAAUAACGGAUUUAUGUUGACGAAGUUUUAAUAUAGGGUAUAACUAAUCGCAUAUGGCUCUCAGAGGGUGUUGGAGGUUUGCAGGGGUUGUUCCUCGGCUGUUAUGGAGAAGCACCGUCCUGCCUGCGUCUUCCGUCCCGAGAGGACGAAGCUCCGUGUCCAGCCUUGUCAACACUCACCACGGUGCUACAGAGUCGCUGCUGCGGGGGUUCAGUUCUGCGCCACCGAGCACGGAUGUGAGCUAUGAGCAGCUGAAACAGCUCCUGAACGGCCGGAAAGCUGUAGUUAUAGAUGUCAGAGAGCCCUGGGAGCUCAGAGAGUACGGCUCCAUCCCCGGGUCAAUUAACGUUCCCCUGGGACAGGUGAACACUGCCCUCCAGCUGGGUCCGGAAGACUUCAGUGAAAAGUAUGAUGGUGAAAUGCCCCAGCAGACAGACAACAUUGUGUUCACCUGUCUGGCAGGGAUAAGGAGCAAGACUGCACUCAACACAGCCACCUCACUGGGAUACAAAGAUGUUCAGCAUUACCCGGGUGGAUGGCAAGACUGGAUGAAAAAUGAACAACAGAAAUGAUCAAUAAAACAGGGAAAAAUAGGUAACACUUUCCAUGAAGCCCAUGUCUAUAAAGUAUUCUAAACAUACCUACAAUGCAGUUAUAAUCUGCUUACAGCGCUGUAUAAUAAUAGUAAUAAACACUCAAUAAUCAAUUAUCGAAACAGGUUAAUUAUCGUAAAUACUAUAAUUGCUGUUUACUCACUUACAAUGUUUUUGCAAGCCCAUGUCUAUAAUGCAUCAUAAACCUACUUAUGUGUUAUAGGUUUCGGAUUAGCCUAACCCCAUACCCUAAACCCAUUAUCACAUUACAAUGCAUUGCAGCAGUGAUUAUAAUGUAUUACAGCUGUGAGAAUAAUAAACUAUGAUCCUUAAAGAAAAGUCUGUAAGUAGUUAUGAAGUAUUAUAAAUGCAUUAAAGUGUGGUUAUAAUGCAUUAGAGACAUGGACAUCAUAGAAAGUGUUACCAAAAUAGUAUUUAAAGCUCUUACUCAGGAUCAGACUGGCAAGGUAGAGUCUUGUAAAGGGUUUUUAAAAAGUUAAUUCACUCUUUUGUUGUUUUAAGAUCUGCUGAUUGAAGUUCCUCAUCUGUGAAUCCCAAAGACUGAAACCGGAGGGCUCAGCACACAUCAACAAUCAAAUGUCUGCUGCUGAAAAUACUAAAAACUACUGCAAUGUUAUUUGAAUGUAUUGUAAACUAACUUCAGUACAGAUCUAUUUAUAAACCCUUUAAAGCUUCUAAAAAGACAAAUAUAUAACCAGUGACUGUUGUAAACCUUACAACAAACAUUAACAGAUAAUGAGCAGAGAGGUUUUUGUUUCCAGACUAUGCAAAUUACUACUAAACUGUGUAUGAUUGUGAGAUAAAAUGAAGUCUUCCAUCGCAUAUAAUAUGGACAGUUCAACAUUUCAAGUUGAUGUGUUGUAAAUAUUAAAUUGUUGCACAUAAAUGAACCGCAGUUGUUGCCAACGUCAUUCAAGAAAUAAAAUACUU